AUGCCGCUUCCGAAGCCCUUCAUCGGUGCCCUCGUGGCAUCGUUUGUAAUGCUACAGAUCCUCUUUCUUGCCAACAUGGCAUACCUGUUUGGCACAGCAUACCACGGUUCAUCCCGCGUGGACACCUUCAAGAUCCUCUACGUUGAUUACGACGAUGGAGUCAUCGGCAAUUCGGUGAUGCCAGCUUACCACGGAUUGGCCAGCCCCGGCUUCCUAACCAUCGCUCAGCAAAGCCCAUCUGACUAUCCCACCCCCAGCGACAUCAGACAAGUGGUAUGCAAAGGAAAGUACUGGGGAGCCAUCUACGCGAACCAUGACGCCUCUUCUCGACUCUCGUCGGCUCUUACCUCGCCCACGUAUGCUGAGCACUACAACGGCUCCGACGCGCUUACCUACGUCUGGAACAGUGCCAAGUACGCCGCCCAGGCCCAGACAAUUUACUCCGACCUAGAGAUCCUUGUGGAGGCGACCAGAAUUCAAUGGUCUGAGAGCAACGGAACGGCGGCUCUCAUGAGCGCCAACACCAGCGAUAAGUUCAUUACCCAGGCACUCCUUAACCCGAUCUCAUCUUCGUCCAUCGACAUCAAGCCCACCAACCAGGGUGUGCGCUUUUACUACAACAGCCUCACGAUGGUCAUCCCGAUCCUGCAACAAUUCUUCUUCAUCAUGGCGCUAAACGGGAUCUUUGGGGAAUUCAAGGCGUACCGCGAGCUGUCAAUUAAGGCAGCCGUCAUCCUGCGAUUCGCACUGUCCCUGGCCUACACCUUCAUCGGGUCCCUGUGUAUGGCAGGCUAUAUCUGGGGGUUCCGAGAGGAUUGGCAUGUAAAUGGCCAUCAGUUUGCCCUCACUUGGAUGGCUAUCUGGCUGGUCGCGCACAUUAACUUCCUCCUCAUCGAUGCAGUGACCGUUAUCGUAUCAAUCAAGUUCAUGCCCUUUGUGAUUCUGACCUGGAUCAUCUUAAACGUCUCGAGCACGGUUGCUCCAUUCAACCUGUCCCCUGGUUUUUACCGCAUCGGGUAUGCAUUCCCAGCACACGAACUCUAUGAGAUCUUGCUGGACAUCUGGACCGAGGACUGCUUCCCUUCCCUGCACCGGGACCUGCCGAUCCUCUGGUCUUGGUGGGUGGUUGGCCUGGCCGUCUUCGUCGUCGGGAUGCGCCGCCGAUACACCAAGGCGGUGGCCCAGGACGGGGACCAGGAGAAGGAGGAGGUUCGUGUGUCCGGCCUUACUGCGUAA